GUCACUGUGGGUAGGCGCUGAGAGAUUCGGGGAUCGCGGGAACAAGAAGUCUCGCGAGAAAACAGUGCAGUAACCGGGCCGUACAGAUUACUUGAGAGCGGACACGAUGGCAGAAGAACUUGCAAAGCAACUAGCAAGUUACAAGGCACAGCUUCAGCAAGUAGAAGCGGCAUUAACAGCAAAUGGAGAAAAUGAUGAUUUAUUAAAGCUUAAGAAAGAUUUGCAGGAAGUUAUAGAGUUAACAAAGGACCUUCUUUCCUCACAACCUACUGAAGCACCUGAGAAUGCAGAUGAUGUCUCGUCCGCCAGCGGCAAUAGUAGCUGGAGCGUUGGCGAUAAGUGUAUGUCAAUGUGGAGUAGUGACGGACAAUGGUACGAGGCUGAGAUCGAGGAGAUAGACGAGGAGAAUGGGACCGCAGCCAUCACGUUUAGUGGCUAUGGGAAUGCAGAAGUUACAUCGUUGCUCAACCUCAGACCUAUGGAAGAAGGGAGAAAAAGCAAGGAAGAUGGAGCUGGUGCACCCCUGUCAAAGAAAGAAAUGAUUGCCCAGCAGAGGGAAUACAAGAAGAAGAAAGCUUUAAAGAAAGCAACGAGGAUGAAAGAGCUGGAACAGGAAAGGGAAGACCAGAAAGUCAAAUGGCAACAGUUUAACAACAAAGCUUACUCCAAAAACAAAAAAGGCCAAGUAAGGGUCAAGAGAAGCAUUUUUGCCUCUCCUGAAAGUGUCACUGGCAAAGUUGGAGUGGGGACAUGUGGCAUAGCGGACAAACCAAUGACGCAAUUUCAAGACACUUCCAAAUAUAACGUAAGGCAUUUAAUGCCUCAGUAAGAAUUAACCAAGGCAUGGAAGGCACAGAUACCAUCUCCGCAGAGUUAUUCAUUUUAACAUUUGUUAUAUUUUUCUAAAAUUAAAUUAUUUGCUGUCAUAUGAGGAUUAGCAAGGUGCCAUAGUUUUAAUUUCUGAAAACUUGGAAAAGGUAUUGUGAAGGUGAAGCUCUAUAUUUUCCAAGUCAACAUCCUUUUAUUGUUCGAGCCUUUGUACAAAACUAUGCUGUACAAGGUAGCCAUUAAAUCGGGCGCAGAGGAAUGAGGAUCUUGGCUUUCUGAGAAGAUGCGCCUGAGACUGUGUAAUAAAUGGUCACAAAAUGGGAUACAGUCACAGAGUACUUGAAGAGUUGUCCAUUUAAGCCCUUGGAUUAAUUAGGAUUCUAAUAUUCUACAGAAAAGGAAUACAAUGAGCCCGGUGAAACUGGUGCAACUCUUUCCUUGUUUCAUCGCAGUAGGAGAGAAAUUGCUAACAGUCUCCUCUGUUUGUUCUAUAUAAAUAUCUAUAUUAUGUAACUCCUUUAAAAUCGGUUCUUAGAUAUUUAGUUAAAUGAUCAGUGAUCAAAUACGCAGAAUAGGAUUAAAACUAGACAUGUGCAAAAAUGUAUUUAUAACCAUUUAUAAAUAUUUUUGUCCUAAAUACAUUCAAUAGUAAAAAUAAAAAAGUUUCAUUUUAUGAAAAUAUUUCAGCUGUAUAUGUUUUGUGACUGAAUAACAAAAGAAUAUUUUUUUGCACGUGCCUAAUUGAAACCUUUAUGCUGUAGUGCAAUAUAUUACAAUGUUCCCUGUUUGCUAAAUUGCACAAUACCACGUUCACCCCUUGACCUCAGAAAGGAGAGGGGGUUACAGUGCAGUGCUCUUCCCUCUGGCACCCUUAUGGUUUGUGAUGCAGUUUGUUUUUGCCUAUAUUGCACUUUGGGGUCCUAUAUACCUGUUCCUCAUAUACAGCUAUAAUUUGUGAAGUGUAACUGUGUUAGCAAAACUAAAGGAUAGUCUGGUGUAACCUGUAGAUAGAAAUUUUUGUACAUACGUAAAGCAGUUAACUGUGUACAGGAUGUGUGAGGCUUUUUCCCCAUGGGCGCGUGAAUCUGCUGAGAGUCACUUCUGUUGGUGCAAACUGUAUUUUUAUCAAUGUAAAUAACAUGGUAUUUGUUUCCCCACAUUAUUACUGAAGAAGAGUUGCUAGCCCUGUACAUAUUGUCAUUUACUUUGCAAUUGAGACAUUUUCUUUCAGUUUCAGACACGGCAUUUGGUUGCUGUAAAUUAAACACCACUUUCUCUUUGCGUCUUUGCACAAAAUGUAUUAAAGAUGCAAAUAUAAGUCUUCAAACCCGCAAAAUAAUCAGUUUGCUAUAGUUUUAUAUGGGGAAAAUGCCUUCUUGUUAGUUCAGCAAUGUCGUUCUGUAAUAUAAAUUAAACAUGAGAAUUCUGAUGUUUUAAA